AUGACACCCCGCUCUCCAGACAGGAGAGGUUCACGCCCAGUCAAGGAGAACCUUGUGCCCACUGCCUCUCACAAAUGCAAGCAUAAGUCCACUCAAAAGGCCUCCGAAACUGCAGCAGAGCAAGCAAAAAGGAAAGAGAAAAAGCGGAGAGAAAAAGAGGAGAGACGCUGGAAAAAAGCUGAGAAGAGAGAGACGGUGAUGUUGAUUCAUUCCGAUGAUGAUGAGGAUACUCGAAAUCUGAAAAGGAUGCUUCAAGAGGCCACAAAUUCUGCACAAGCCGCCACGCAAGCCUUGCAAGCCCUGGAAGAUGAAGCAAGCAAGACUUCCGAGCCCAAACACAGGGAUAUUCCACCCCCUAAAGCGAUAAGCUACAUGAAGAUCAUAGACCUUCGGGACGUACUUGGACUAUCGGGGCCGGAACACAACGCUGAGUGGAAUUUUAUUCGGAAUAUCACCCGAAAAUACGUUGAACGUGGAUGGCUCGACGACAAAUUGGAUUUCAAGUCACAGAAUAAGCAAAAAUUAGCUAAAGUAUACAAUGCGAUUGAAAACGAGUGUUCUGCUCUUGCAACAUUGAAAAACAACUGGGGCUCUCAGAUGCUUGUACACUCGUUCUUUCAGCACAGCAAGACUUAUUCGCGCACGAACAAGACACUGGGGACUUAUCGCUACCACAAACGGAUGGAGUGA